UAAGGUUCUAGUAGCAGUACUCUGGUCUGUCUGGCCCGAUUUCGCACCUGACUUUCGGCAGCUGUUUUGGGUCGGUCGUGCGCGUACUGCAUUACUUUUGUUUACAUAACACUACCUACAUUAUCAAUAUUACUGUUAUUACUAUUACUACUACUACAUAUAAACAGACUUCACUAUGGCAGCUCCCUACAACUCACUCGGUAACUGUCUCAGCUCAUUGCGAGAGUCAGUGCGGCUUCUAGACGACUCGUACAAGGUGUUGUACGAUAGUACCAAAGAUGUGCUGCGCACUAAGAAGGUCCUCUUAACCAAACGAGUGUUUGGACUCAUUCCCGAGUCCGAUUUGAAGAAUGCAAAAGUCAACUUCAAGGGCCAAAUAGAGCCACAAUUGAGUCUGUUAUUGAGUACUAUUGAUCGAGAACUUGUGAAGCUCAAUAAGAGAAAGGUGAAUUUACAGAAUAAGUAUGAUCUUCAAGCUGUACGAUUGAGUGGAAGCACUUCCUCCUCCAACACCAACACAUCCACCAAUAUCCCGUUAGAUAAAAUCAGUAAAGUAGAUAGUACUAAAUUGUCAAGACUAAAGUUCUUACGCAAUAAGAAGGAGAGAUUGAAGUAUAGUUUGUCGAGGUUGAAUCUUCAGGAUAAAAAGUCGCGAUUAAGUGUGACGCCAUCGUUACCACAUCCUGACAAUUUGGGUGUAUAGUAUAGUAAUAGAAGUUUGUUAUGAUAAUGACAGUUUUGUUCGGCUGAUGUAGUUUUUAAUGUAGGUGUAAUUGUAGGUGUAGUUGUGGUACAGUGACUCAAGUAGGGGAGUCUAACCUGUAAAAAAGGAUGAAAACCACCUUCCGUAUUAGGCAAUACAUAUGCGGGUUGAACCCAUCCUAAUUUCGGUCAGUGAAAACCAUCAUGAAACAUCAGUGCAUCAGCAAUCAUCUACAAGUUAGCUGU